AUGGCGCGUGAGCACGAGCGUGUCCAGCAGAAGCACAGCGGUGGGGGUCAGUCUCAUCGUAAAUGUCCUGACACGCAGCCCGCAGCCCUGAAGUGUAUAUGUAUAGUCCCAGACGGCCGUGUGGGUGUGGGUGUGGGUGUGGGUGAGGGUGCAGUGGGAGAGACACACUGUGUGUGCCGCGGCAGAUUGGGCACGCGCCAAACGGUGGGAUGGGAGAGUGGCUGUGUGGAAGGGACCACCAACAAUGAACAAGAUACACAGACACAGACACAUGCACGCAAGCACUCGAGGAAAACAGCUGUGUUCCGAUCAUACACCAGCCCAGACAAGGCUGAGCGCCUGAGCGAGGCCGGGUUUGUGCAUAAUCCGUACUAUGGGCCGGGUCGGCACGGCGUGGUAGGCAGCGGCGGGAAUCUAAAUAUAGAUUUGACUCGUGGAGCAGGGGGUGGGGAGAGUGCGCAGGCGAGUGCUGGCGCUGCGGCAGGAGAGGGAGCCCACGGGAUGGGUGCGGCACGAGACACUGUCAGUGGCAACCACGUACGUAUUACAGACCAGCAGGCUGUGAUGGGUAAGGAUGUGGACGGUAGUGCUAUGGAUGUCAGUGCACACCACGACAGCGUUAUGGGGGAGGGCGGGAGUCAUCAGGAGGCCGAAACCGACACCAGCCCAACCCGUGAGAGGCGUGUAGACGAAGGUGCGAAGGGGAACCCAGGCCGGAUAGGCAGGAAUUCACUGGCAUCGCUCAAGGCUCUAUUCAGUGGCAUUGGCCGCAAGGAAUCCAUUGCCGAGGGAACGGGGGAAGGGGGAGCAGAUGGGGGUACACAGCCACCCACACAGCACCCCACAGACAAACACACACAGCAACACACGGCCAAACCCACACACGAACACGCACGCAGACUGGCGCAGUCCUAUGACACUGCGCUCGCGCAGGAAGUAAUCCCAGAGGACACGCCACAGUCAAGCCCGUGGGCCAGUGGGGGUGCCGCUGAGGGGUCUGUGUCUGCGCUGCCGGAGGGGGUGGUGCAGCCGACUGAUGAAACGUACCCACACGUGUUCAUCACCGGUCACUCGCUGGGGGGUAGUCUUGCCACACUGUUUGCGCUCGAUUGCGCCAUACGGUUCCCGGAGUUGAAGAGCACUGUGUACACCUUCGGGUCGCCCAGAGUGGGCAACAAGAACUUCGCAGCGUACUACGAUGAGAAAGUGCCGCACACAUUCCGCUUGGUGAACGAUGGUGACGUGGUUACAGGCGUACCAAAGUUCAAAGGCCCGUCAUUCCUAAACAUAACGUACAAGCACGUCGGAACGUGUUAUGUGCUAUCCGCAAGAGGGGACCUUGUGAUAAACCCCAAUUUCCCGGAACGAUUCUUGAAGGUGGCCGCCACCAUCAAUCCGCAAUCCCACCUUACUGCCGCUUACCGCAAUUCAAUAGCGGGAUGUAUCGGGAGCGCACUUAGACGGCAGCGAGGCAACGACAACGAAACUAUGCUGACCGCGUUACAGACCCUGACAACCGUGUUGCAAGCACCCAGUUAUAUGUGCAAAGACGUAGACCGUGAUGUGGACGGUGGGCAGGCGUGGGCUGGAUCGCACGCGACCUUUGACCGUACCAUUGCAUCGGGCUCUCGCCGUGUAGCCAGACGUCAACACACCACAGCGCAUGAGUCAUUGUUUACCAUGCGUAAAAUGCAGAGUGUCCGCAGACGUGUGAGCAACUUCGCUCUGGCAUCAAAGUCCAAGUCGGAUGUGGAUACGCUUGUGAAUGACAGCGGGGUGCCUGAAGCCACAGGCACAGAUCAAGGACGCAGGAGAAGGGUCGCCUCACUUCCUGGUGUGCAAGUUGGCGAUGGUACAGCCAGCACCACACAUGGAACUCACCUAGAGACCAGAGAGGCGGGUAUAUAUGAACCGGGUCAUGCCAGUAUAGGUACAGCAAGUGGCGGUGACCAGGGUAACCAUGGCAACCUAUCUAUGUCCAGUAAUGGUGCCGGAUAUGCACAGUACGAUGCAGCCGCAGAGUUGAAUAAUAGUAAGAGUGCGUUUCCGAGUAGCAGUAGUACAACCGCGGCUAAGGGCGUUCAAUCACACAGCUUGGCAAUGAACCCUGAAACUACGCUCAGUCCGCUCGAAGGAGACGGCAACACUCAGACACUUGCACAGUCAAGCGAGAGGCAGACGAGUACUCUCCCCAGCAAUCGGCACACCGCAGGCGGCUGUGUGCCUCCUCGUCGAAAGUCGGACGGUGUUGAUAUGAAAGCCAUAGUGAACCAAGUGCUGGCCAAUGGCAACAACGUGUCUUUCGAUGUGAUUGCAGGUGAUGCAGGGGCUCGUGUAUCAGAGACGGAGUUGCCAGGCUCAGGAGGUGCUGAGCUUAAUAAAGGUGCAAAGAAGGCACCGAAUGUCGAAGGUGGGAUGCCACAGCUGCAGGAAACGCGCUCGGUGCGAUACAAGCAGUCUGGCAAACCGCUACUGCAACACGCACUCAAGAAUGCGGCCCAGGAGAAGUUGGCUGUGCCAGCGUAUGAACAUACAGUGAUUGCAAUGAAUGCUCAGCAAAUGGCCGAGUUAGAGAUGGUUCAGAGGGAUACGGAACGAACCCGAGAGCCCUUGUCGGCCUCUCUGUCUUCAUUUGUAGACAAAAAUGCUACCGGCAUAGCUCAGAAGUUUCGUGAUAGUGUACGGCGUCGCCACGGGACACCGGCACAGGGUACCGAUAGAUUGCCAAAGGGGUUGGAUGAUUUGGAGUCGAGUAUGGGAGUGGAAAUGACUACAGCGGUCUCUGGAGGGGACAUGCUUAAUGAUGAGAGUGGGAGUGUGGCGAAAAUUGACGCUGAGAUAGUGAACUCAAUACCACAGCUCCACACUAAACUGAAGAACAAAGGCGAUGGUUAGAGAUUGAAACACUGCUAGUAUUACCGCCUGAUCUUUGGAUAUCUCAUGUAUUGGCAGCUUUGUUUUUUAAAGGCUGAAGUAUCACUAUGAUCCAUUCCGAUAUGAGUCCCCACAGAUCAUAAUUGUGAAUUUUUACAAAUGUCUGCACCUUUGAUUUUGUUCAUUUAACAGGUUGAGGUAUUAAAAUCAAAACAUUACAAUGUG